AACAUGGUGUUCAGGAUCAAGCCAGAAAAUGGGGGAUAGUAGUAAAAGUAAAGUAUGCCAUCAAUUUAAACAUUAUUUUUCUCCGCCAACGACGAAUGCAUUUGAAAUAAACAGUGACAGUUCAACGCCUGUGUUAAAUAGGCGCCAUUUCAGUGGAUAUUUACUCACAACAUGUUGGAAGUGAUUGUUAUUGUUUUCCACUCUUCUCGGUUUGCUAGCUAUUAGCUAGUUAGCAUUUUAGCAUCACAGCAGCUAGUUGUACAGAACUGCGGUUCAAAAUGGAGUCGAGUGACAGUUAGUGGAGUCCUGAAUCGCUUCUUAUGUAGACUCGGUUUAUUGCGUGUCUCGUUUUACUGUCUAAUAAUAAAGCUAGUCCUACAGUGAUUGUUCAUGUAUGAUGGAAAGCUGCUAGCUGCUUAGCAACUGAGCUAAUUAGCAAUCUCGCAGGGCUGCGUCCAACAGCAUCAUGACGGAUUUGCAGCGUUGUUUUCUGGGAGGUUUAAGGUGUGAUAUUUCUUAUGUGUAUUUUACAACGUGUCAUUUCGUUAAAGGUUACGGAAGACUGAUAGUAACAUAAAUGUUUUAUGUUUUAAUUUGUUUAGCAUCUGGAGCUAUGGUUUAUUUUAUAGUUUGUUUUCGUCAUGAAUAUGCGGACUGAGUCCAUCUCAAACGUGGGAUUGCGCUCUGAAUCGAAGAGAUUUUACUUGUCAAAAGGACACACGAUCGGUGUCCCAAGAAAUUCACACACCUUGCUGACAGAAACGCAUGACUGUGUUGGUAUCACUCUCAAGGACCAGCGGUUUGUUAAAUCAAGAAACCUGGCCAAGGAUCUGGGUGGGAAAGCUGCUCGGCCUUUAUUGCCGGUGGGACAAAACAAAGCUGGUGCUUCUGGGACCAGCUCUGAGAGCACAGACAAACCAGCGUGUCAAACCAAACCAAUGGGGGGCGAAGGAACCCCUAUUAAAAGUAAAACUCCACUUGGACAAACCAGUGCUACUGAUGAUAAAGCUGAAUUCGGUUCAAUGAAUUCCCACAAUUCCAGAGAUUCUGGUUGUGAGGACAGCACAAAAGGGUUUGAAAUUAUGGGGGCUCACAGUGUAGCAUCUCAUGAACAUACAGAAGGCAAACGAAACAACAUGAGGAAGACCUCCAGCCAUCCGAGUUCACAAGCCAACUGUCUUCAUCAGCUACUUUUGCUUCAGCUGGACCUGAUCGAGCAGCAGCAGCAGCAGCUGCAGUCUAAGGACAAGGAGAUAGAUGAGUUAAAAGCAGACAGAGACACGCUGCUUGCACGGAUUGAGAGGAUGGAGCGACGUUUACAGUUGAUGAGUAAAGAGCCACGUGAUAAACGUCUCUUUCAGCCGUUGGAGAGAUGGGUCCCAGACACUGAUGACUUCUGGGAUUCAGAUGUAGGAGACAGCCCUCAGACCCCUACAUCAAAGGCCCCAUUUAGUAGAAGCAGCAAAGCACAAAAGAGGAAAUGUGGCUUCCUGGAUUCCAAAAUACAGAGGCCACAGGGCAAAUCUUCUAGACUAACCCCUCAGAAGUCUGAUACUGGUUCAGCCUCACCCUGUCAGAGAGAGCUGCGAAACAAAGAGACCCCUGAGAAGACGGCACCUGGGAAAUCAUCAGGGCUGACAGAAACAACAGCAGAUGCAGAAGAGAGCUGUGAAAAUGAAGACUUUCCAUUCAUGACAACAACAGAAAUGUACCUGUGCUGCUGGCACCAACCUCCUGUCUCUCCCCUCUGUGAGGUUUCCCCAAAGAAAGAGGAUGAUGUUGCCAUUCCAUCCUGGAGGGAAAACGGCAUUGAACCUUUGAGGGAAGAAGAUGCUUUUGAUGUUCCAGAGAAUCUUGAGGAUGGGGUGUUUCUGAAACGCCACUCAAAGCUCGAGCUGGAUGAGAAGAGAAGGAAAAGAUGGGACAUUCAAAGGAUACGGGAGCAGCGUAUGCUUCAACGGCUACAACAGCGCAUGGAAAAAAGAAAACUAAAUAUUCAGGAGAGUGAACCGGAGAUAGCUUCUUUUUACCCUGAUUCUGAUGAUGUGGAGUCAGUUGUUAUAACACCUUUUCUGCCUGUUGUGGCCUUUGGCCGGCCUUUACCCAAGCUAACUCCACAGAACUUUGAGCUGCCAUGGCUUGAUGACAGAAGUCGCUGCCGCAUCGAAAAUCAGAAAAAACAAACUCCUCAUAGGACCUGUCGGAAAUAAGGCAGCCUUGCUGUGCACAAGCUGAAUGUUGAAUGCUGCAGGAUACUUGAUCAACUUCAUGAUUUUGUGUGGGUUUACAGAUAAACUAUAGUACAAUGCCAUGUGUCGUUAAGAGAAUAUGGCUGUAUUGCAGUUCUAUUUAUGUUACUACUCUUUAGGACAAACCUGUCAUUAGAAUGCCCUGUAAUUUCUUUUUAAAACACAUAUUGUGUUUAGUUUUGGUUGAGUUCUGUAUAAAAUAGUUCUGGUCCUGGUCUAUUUUUAUAUAAAUGGUAUUAUGGGGCAUUGCUUCAGUCAGUGCUAUCACCUUGUGGAUAUUGUGCAUCUAAUGCAUACUUUGCAUGUAACACCUCAAAUGGUAAUAAUCUGCACACAAUGGACUUUUGAUUAACACACUGUGCUAAAAUGUACACCACCUAUAAUCUUGCACCAUGAAAAAUAAUGGCAAGUGCAAAUCAAAACACAUACAUAUAAGAAUCAAAAUCUGAAUUAAAAGUUUAGAAUGCAUGAUUGUCUAUUGACAAAUUGUACUGAAUUUCUAUUCCAUUAAAAACUUUAAUCAUCAAAAAUUCUAAGUAAAAAAUUAACAAGUGUGUGCUUGUGUCUCGUAGCAAAUAUUUUCAGUGCAGUUCUUAUUUGUGAGCUUAUACUAAAGGUCUCUAGCUCUCUAAAGUAAUUUAGCACACCUUGGACUAAAAUGUUAUCUAUUUUCUCAUCAAGUAGCUGGUCAGUCAGCUGACUGAAUCUGAAUCUAUAAUUUGACAGAUGUGUACCACAGAAAGCAGGACUCACCUGUCUCACCUUCUAUAUUAGCUUGAUUGUUUUAGAUUGGCAUUGAAUUUAUUUCACCAUCCCACACUUUUUCUUACAAAAGCUUUUUGUCAAGCCCCAUUUACUUGUAGGUUGUACAUAAGCAAAAAUGUUAUUUUUUUAUUAUUUAAUGUUUGAGUGUUGUAUGUUCAGUGUAGUUGACUGAAGAAAAUUGUUUUGCAAAAAAAAAAAAAGUACAAAGACCA